CCUUCCUCCUCCGCCUCCUCAGCUCUUGGGGUAGAAUAUCUAUGGGUCGAAACGUGAUGCGAUGAAUCCGAGAGAGACCGAAACUGGGACGUGGAGUGCGGCGGAAGCGGCGGGACUCCUAGGCAUGGGGGCUUCAUCACAAUAGAGGCAGCGCCCCCACCCGCCCCUUCUGAGCGAAGCCCCUAAAUCCCCUCGGGAAAAGGAUGGCGGCGGCACCUACCCAGAUCGAAGCUGAGCUGUAUUACCUGAUCGCUAGAUUCUUGCAGUCCGGACCAUGCAACAAAUCUGCUCAGGUGCUAGUGCAGGAGCUCGAGGAGCAUCAGCUGAUUCCGCGCCGCUUAGACUGGGAAGGGAAAGAGCACCGAAGAAGCUUUGAGGAUCUGGUGGCAGCCAAUGCACACAUUCCUCCAGACUACCUCCUUAAAAUUUGUGAGCGGAUUGGUCCCUUACUAGAUAAGGAGAUCCCUCAGAGUGUUCCUGGGGUACAGACAUUACUAGGCGUUGGUCGGCAAUCUCUCUUACGGGAUGCCAAAGACUGUAAGAGUACACUAUGGAAUGGGUCUGCGUUUGCAGCUCUACAUAGAGGCAGACCUCCAGAACUACCUGUAAAUUACGUGAAACCUCCAAAUGUGGUGAAUAUCACCUCUGCCAGGCAAUUAACUGGAUGUAGUCGUUUCAGCCAUAUUUUCCCUUCAUCUGCUUACCAGCACAUUAAGAUGCAUAAGAGAAUUUUGGGGCACUUAUCAUCAGUCUACUGUGUAGCAUUUGACCGAAGUGGGAGAAGAAUUUUUACAGGUUCAGAUGACUGUUUGGUGAAAAUUUGGGCUACAGAUGAUGGACGCCUCCUUGCUACACUUCGAGGGCACUCUGCUGAAAUUUCUGACAUGGCUGUUAACUAUGAAAACACUCUCAUUGCCGCAGGCAGCUGUGAUAAGGUGGUAAGAGUGUGGUGUCUUCGAACUUGUGCACCAGUUGCAGUCCUUCAGGGACAUUCAGCAUCUAUUACUUCCAUACAGUUUUGUCCAUCAACUAAAGGCACAACCAGAUACCUCACUUCUACUGGUGCUGAUGGAACAGUGUGUUUCUGGCAAUGGCAUGCAAAAACAAUGAAGUUUAGAGAUCGUCCAGUGAAAUUUACUGAGAGAUCCAGACCUGGAGUUCAGAUAUCUUGUUCAUCUUUUAGUUCUGGUGGUAUGUUUAUUACAACAGGUAGCACUGACCAUGUGAUUAGGAUAUAUUAUUUGGGUUCUGAGGUCCCAGAGAAAAUUGCUGAAUUAGAGUCACACACGGAUAAAGUUGUUGCUGUUCAAUUCUGUAACAAUGGAGACAGUUUAAGAUUUGUUAGUGGAAGUAGAGAUGGAACAGCAAGAGUUUGGCAGUAUCAGCAACAAGAAUGGAAGAGUAUAGUGCUAGAUAUGGCUACUAAAUUGACUGGGAGUCAUUUGCCAUCUGCAGAAGACAAGGUCACUAAACUUAAGGUGACUAUGGUGGCCUGGGAUCGCUAUGACACCACAGUUAUUACUGCUGUGAACAAUUUCCUCUUGAAAGUGUGGAAUUCUGUUACAGGGCAACUUCUUCAUACUUUAUCUGGACACGAUGAUGAAGUAUUUGUUUUAGAAGCACACCCAUUUGAUCAAAGGAUCAUACUUUCAGCAGGUCAUGAUGGGAACAUUUUUAUUUGGGACCUUGACCGGGGGACCAAAAUUCGGAAUUAUUUUAAUAUGAUUGAAGGCCAAGGUCAUGGUGCAGUGUUUGACUGUAAGUUUUCACCAGAUGGAAACCAUUUUGCCUGUACAGAUUCUCAUGGACAUUUACUGCUCUUUGGCUUUGGAUGCAGUAAAUAUUACGAAAAGAUUCCAGAUCAGAUGUUCUUCCACACGGAUUAUCGACCUCUUAUCCGUGAUGCCAACAACUAUGUAUUGGAUGAACAAACUCAACAAGCUCCUCACCUCAUGCCUCCCCCAUUCUUAGUGGAUGUUGAUGGAAAUCCUCAUCCCACAAAAUUCCAAAGGCUAGUGCCAGGACGGGAAAAUUGUAAAGAUGAACAACUUAUACCACAGCUGGGAUAUGUGGCUAAUGGUGAUGGUGAAGUCGUAGAACAGGUAAUUGGGCAACAAACCAAUGACCAAGAUGAGAGCAUUCUUGAUGGAAUAAUAAGGGAACUACAGAGAGAACAAGAUCUGAGACUAAUUAAUGAAGGAGAUGUUCCACAUUUUCCAAUUAAUAGAUCAUACUCUGCUAAUGGUGCUCUGAGAAGUCCAAAUAUGAACAUAUCUUCUCCAAAUAUUGGGCUCCGACGUAGUGGUCAAAUUGAAGGUGUCCGACAAAUGCAUAACAAUGCUCCUCGGAGCCAGAUGGCUACUGAACGAGAUCUCAUGGCUUGGAGCAGAAGAGUGGUGGUCAAUGAACUAAAUAAUGGGGUUAGUAGGGUGCAGGAAGAAUGUCGAGCUGCAAAAGGUGACAUAGAAAUCUGUCUUUAUACAGUUGAAAAGAAAAAAAAGCCAUCUUAUACUUCUCAAAGGAAUGAUUAUCAACCUAGCUGUGGGCGAUCUUUACGAAGGACACAGCGAAAGCGCCAGCACACUUACCAAACACGGUCUAACAUAGAACAUAAUUCACAAACAUCAAGUCAAAAUUCAGGUGUACAGGAAGACUUAGACAGCUCCUCAGAGGAAGAUGAAACAGUUGGCACAAGUGAUGCUUCUGUAGAGGAUCCUGUUAUUGAGUGGCAAAGUGAAAGUUCUUCCAGUGAUUCUUCCAGUGAGUAUUCUGACUGGACAGCAGAUGCUGGGAUAAAUUUGCAACCUCCAAAAAGACAAACCAGACAGGCAACUCGGAAAAUAUGCAGCAGCUCUGAGGAGGAAAAUUUGAAGACGUUAGAAGAUAGGCAAAAGAAACCUAAACAAACUAGAAAGAAGAAAGGAGGACUGGUUUCUAUGUCAGGUGAACCCAAUGAAGAAUGGUUUGCCCCUCAGUGGAUCUUGGAUACCAUACCACGACGUUCCCCAUUUGUUCCACAGAUGGGAGAUGAGCUUAUCUAUUUUAGGCAAGGACAUGAAGCUUAUGUGCGGGCUGUAAGGAAAUCAAAAAUAUACAGUGUUAAUUUACAAAAACAGCCAUGGAACAAAAUGGACCUCAGGGAACAAGAAUUUGUUAAGAUUGUAGGAAUCAAAUACGAGGUUGGACCUCCUACGCUAUGCUGCUUGAAGCUUGCAUUUCUGGAUCCCAUUUCAGGCAAAAUGACUGGAGAAUCCUUUUCCAUUAAGUAUCAUGACAUGCCAGAUGUAAUUGACUUCCUUGUGCUACAUCAGUUUUAUAAUGAAGCCAAAGAAAGAAACUGGCAGAUUGGUGAUAGAUUCCGCAGUAUAAUAGAUGAUGCCUGGUGGUUUGGAACUGUGGAGAGUCAGCAGCCUUUUCAGCCAGAGUAUCCUGAUAGUUCUUUUCAGUGUUACAGUGUUCACUGGGACAAUAAUGAGAGAGAAAAGAUGAGCCCCUGGGAUAUGGAGCCAAUUCCAGAAGGAACUGCCUUUCCAGAUGAAGUUGGUGCUGGUGUUCCUGUAUCCCAGGAGGAACUGACUGCUUUACUAUAUAAACCCCAGGAAGGAGAAUGGGGUGCUCAUUCCAGAGAUGAGGAAUGUGAACGGGUUAUUCAGGGCAUCACCCACCUUCUUUCCUUAGAUUUUGCCAGCCCUUUUGCUGUCCCAGUGGAUCUCAGUGCCUAUCCCUUGUAUUGUACUGUAGUUGCUUAUCCAACUGACCUCAACACAAUUAGGCGGAGGCUUGAAAAUCGCUUUUACAGGCGAAUAUCAGCACUAAUGUGGGAGGUACGUUACAUUGAGCAUAAUGCCAGGACUUUCAAUGAGCCAGACAGUCCUAUAGUUAAAGCAGCCAAAAUUGUAACUGAUGUCUUACUUCGAUUUAUUGGGGAUCAGAGCUGUACUGAUAUACUGGAUACUUACAAUAAAAUUAAAGCAGAAGAACUGAAUAGUACUGAUGCAGAGGAGGAUACAGAAAUGAUUGAUUUAGAUUCAGAUGGUCCUGGUACUUCAUCUGGAAGAAGGGUCAAAUGCCGAGGCAGAAGACAGUCUUUGAAGUAUAAUCCUGAUGCUUGGAGAAUACAAUGCAAAGAACUGUUGAGCCUUAUUUAUGAACGCGAAGACGCAGAGCCAUUUCGACAACCAGCUGAUCAUCUUUCUUACCCAAACCAUCAAGAACAAGAGGGAGAAUCCUCAGAGUCAGUUAUUCCAGAAAGACAACAAGAUCCAUCUCUUUCUGAGGAUUAUCAAGAUGUUAUAGACACUCCUAUGGACUUUAGCACUGUGAAAGAAACUUUGGAAGCAGGAAACUAUGGUAGUCCUCUGGAAUUUUAUAAGGAUGUCCGCCAAAUAUUCAGCAACUCCAAAGCUUAUACCUCUAAUAAAAAAUCAAGGAUUUAUAGCAUGACGCUACGAUUAUCUGCCUUAUUUGAAAGUCAUAUUAAAAAUAUCAUGUCUGAAUAUAAAUCAGCAAUCCAGAGUCAGAAGAGAAAAAGGCCAAGGUACAGAAAACGACUAAGAAGCAGCAGCAGUUCAUUAUCUAGUAGCAGAGCUCCUAGUCCAAAAGGGAAACAAAAACAAAUGAAGUUGCAGCCGAAAAAUGACCAUAAUACCUCAGUGUCUUAUGCCAGGACUAGCUCUCCAUUCUCAUCUCCAGUUUCAGAUGCUGCUGAAGGGCUUUCACUAUAUCUACUUGAUGAUGAAGUAGAUGGGCCAUUUUCUUCAUCAAGCUUCAGUGGAUAUAGCCGAAGUGGAAAUAGCCACGACCCAGGGAAAGCCAAAUCAUUUCGGAAUAGAGUUUUGCCAAUUAAGCAAGAUCACUCCCUUGAUGGACCCCUUACAAAUGGUGAUGGCAGAGAGCCCCGGACAGGAAUCAAGAGAAAACUUCUUAGUGCAUCAGAAGAAGAUGAAAGCAUGGGAAGAGAAGAGAAAGAGAAAAAAGAAACAAAAGAGAAAUCACAUUCAUCUUCCUCAGAGAGUGGAGAGUUAGGAUCAAGUUUAAGUUCUGAAAGUACUUGUGGUUCUGAUUCUGACUCUGAAUCAACUUCCAGAACAGAUCAAGAUUAUGUAGAUGGAGACCAUGACUAUAGCAAAUUCAUACAAACCAGGCCUAAAAGAAAACUAAGAAAACAACAUGCCAAUGGAAAAAGAAACUGGAAGAUGAGAGGCACAGGGGGAAGGGGAAGAUGGGGUAGAUGGGGCAGGUGGAGUAGGGGAGGCAGAGGAAGAGGAGGCAGGGGCCGUGGGGGUCGAGGAAGAGGUGGAGGUGGGACUAGGGGGAGAGGGAGAGGGAGAGGAGGAAGAGGAGCUUCUAGAGGAGCCAGCAGAGCCAAGCGUGCACGCCUUGCAGAUGAUGAAUUUGAUACUAUGUUUUCAGGACGAUUUAGUAGACUGCCUCGAAUUAAAACAAGAAACCAAGGCAGAAGGACUGUUUUAUAUAAUGAUGAUUCUGAUAAUGACAACUUUGUGUCCACUGAAGAUCCUCUGAAUCUUGGUACAUCCAGAUCAGGCAGAGUGCGCAAAAUGACAGAAAAAGCCAGGGUUAGCCAUCUCAUGGGAUGGAAUUAUUAACAGUUAAUAAAUUUAGAAUAAUUUAAAAAUUUCAAUGGCCUUCUACUGCAGGGAAUUUACCAGGAAAUCUACAAAGCAAGUUGUGUGGGGACUUCUGCUUCCUUUCACAUUGGUGCUUUUCCAUUAUGCCAGUAUACAUUUAUUUCAAGACUUUUGACCUCCACACUUCAUUUGUUCAAACAAGCCUUACUCAUUAGGCCUUAAAUUUAAAGAAAAAAUUGCCCACACAUACAUACACACACACACACACACACGUAUCACAGACACACUACAGAUUUACUACGUUAAAGGAGCAUUAUUCAGCUUCUUAAGAGUAGCAUGACAUUUUUAUCUCAAUGGAAUAUCCCUCUUUUGCUUUUGUAUCACAGAAGUAUAGCACCUUCUUAUAGAGUUUUAUAUAGUUUGUUUUUGCCAUUUUGAUUCCUGUACCCAGUAAUAAUAACUUUUGCACAAUACACCAAUCCUAAAGGCAGCUAUUAAAUGUUUACAGUUUCUAUAUUGUAAGAACGAUCUGGAUUAUUUUACUCUACCCAGGCCAAACUUUCAU